CCCAGCCCUACAACUCCCUCUCCCAAUCGCCAUCAAACACAACCGCUUCGACACCGUCGGAGCCCUCUACAAACACAUGCUCCGGUCCUCCAUAACCCCUCAAGUUUACACGAUCAACCUCUUUAUAUCGGCGUUGUGCGAUUCGGGCCGAUUGGAUUACGCCAGUAAAGUGUUUGAUGAAAUGCCCAAGAAAGAAUGUGUACCAAAUGUGUACAGUUUCGGGAUUUUGAUUCGUGGAUACUGUAGAAAUGGGUUGAGUUUGAUGGGUCUCGAGGUAUUGGAUAGAAUGGAGAGCGUUGGGCUCGAGCCGAAUAUGGUGAUCUUUAAUACUUUGGUUUCGGGGUUUUGUAGGGAAGGGAAGGUUGAGGAGGCCGAGAGGGUUGUGGAAAGGAUGAGGGCUCGAGGGUUGAAUCCAAAUGUGGUUACAUUCAAUGCUAGGAUUUCGGGGUUGUGUAAGGCGGGUAAGGUUUUGGAAGGGUACCGGAUUUUUAAGGAUAUGGUGGAGGAUGAGGAGGUGGGUUUGCCAAAACCGAAUCAGAUCACAUAUAAUUUGAUGCUUGAUGGGUUUUGUAGAGUUGGGAUGAUGGAGGAGGCGAAAAGUUUUGUUGAGUUGAUGCGAAAGAUUGGAUGUUUUGAGAAGUUGGAGAGUUAUAAUACAUGGUUGGCGGGAUUGGUGAAAAAUGGAGGGUUAUUUGAUGCGAGUGAGUUGUUGAAUGAGAUGGUUGGGAAAGGAAUUGAACCUAGUGUGUACUCGUAUAAUAUUGUGAUCGAUGGAUUAUGCAAGCAGAAAAUGAUUCCUAAGGCGAGGUCAGUUAUAAGUUUGAUGAGAAAUAGAGGAGUUUUCCCAGAUAUAGUAACAUAUACUACUUUAAUUCAUGGAUAUUGUAACGAGGAUAAUGUUUUUAUGGCAAAUAAGACUCUUGAUGAGAUGGUAAAUAAUGGUUGUUUUCCAAACACUUUCACUUGUAAUGUCUUGUUACAGAGUUUAUGGAAAGAGGGGAGGAUUGUUGAGGCAGAAAAAUUGUUGGAAAAGAUGAGGGAGAAAGGGUAUGGAUUGGAUAUAGUCAGUUGCAAUAUAGUUAUCGAUGGUCUAUGCAAGAAUGGAAAAAUCGAUAAGGCUACUGAGAUUGUUAGCGGUAUGUGGCAUCAUGGAAGUGCUGCACUUGGUGAACUUGGGAAUUCAUUUCUCGGGCUAAUAGACAGUAAAGAUAGUGGGCCCAAAUGUGAACCCGAUUUGAUCACGUACUCAGCUUUGAUUAAUGGCCUCUGCCAAGUUGGAAGGCUUGAUGAGGCCAAGAAACUGUUGAUUGAAAUGAUGGUGAAAAACAUUACCCCCGAUAUAGUUAUAUACAAUACGUUUGUUGGUGGAUAUUGUAAGCAUGGAAAAGUAUCAUCAGCCUUUAGAGUCGUUAAGGAAAUGGAGAAGAAGGGAUUUAAGCCGAACACAAAAACUUAUAAUUUGCUGAUGUGGGGUUUAGGAAAGAAGCGCAAAUUUAGUGAGAUUCAGGACUUGAUGAAAGAAAUGAAAGAGAAAGGAGUUCCUCCUGAUGUUGUCACUUGUAAUAACUUGAUUUACUGUCUGUGUGAAGCAAAAAUGGUGAAAAAAGCUGCGGCACUUUUAGAUGAGAUGAUGCGGAGUAACAUCUUGCCUAAUGUAACUUCUUAUAGGUUGUUGAUCAAAACUUUUUGUAAAGCUAGUGAUUUUGAUGCCGCAGAAACUGUACUUCAAGCUGCUCUUACUACUUUGGGCGAGAAAGAAAUUAUAUACAGGUUAAUGUGUAAUGAAUUGUGUACAUAUGGAAAAGUUUUGGAGGCCAAAGAAAUGCUUAAAGUUGCUUUAGAUAAGGGAUUUUCCAUUGAGAACUUCACUUACAAAUAUCUUAUUGAGGAAUUAUGCAAAGGAGGUAAAGUUGAUGAUGCACAAAACUUGCUGAAUUGUAUGCUUAAUAAAGGCUAUCAGUUUGACCCUGCAAUUUUCUUGCCAAUAAUUGAUGCUCUGGUUAAUAUGGGAGAGAAACGUGAAGCAAAUAAACUCUCAGAACAUAUGAUGAAUAUGGCGGCUCAUCAGGAUAAAUCAAUUGAAGGCUCUCAUCUGUAUCCUAACAUGAUGAAGGAAAGAAGUAAACUAAAUCAAGAUAGCUCACUUGGGAAUGAUUGGCGCUCUAUAUUGCAUAGGGAUGAUGGAAGUGGGAUAGCCUUGAAAGUUCUAAAGAGAGUACAAAAGGGUUGGGGUCAAGGUAGCAUACCAAUUCCUCGAACAAACAAUAUUGAUUUUCUCCAUGAUUGAAUAGGGCCAAGAGAUCUUGUUGUUGUCAGUUAUAUACAAAUGCGAAGCAAGAAUAUCAUGUCCAAUGCUUGUGUUUGAUGCGUGCAAAAUGGCAUGGUAUUUGAAGUGUUAAUGACACCUAGACAGAAACAAUGGCAGUGGAGAGGAUGCUAAGUUUGAAUUGCUGCUUCAUCGGUUUUAAAUAUGAACUGAGGUUUCUUUCAGGAGUCUAAAACUAAGGAAAGGACAUGUCGUCACGGGGGACAGGAAAAGUAAUUGCUAAUAAAAUAGAACACGAGUGAUAAGCAGCUAAAUUUCCGUCCUGUAGAGAAUGAAGCUGCCAAGCUUACUCAUUUACUUGACAGAACAUUAGAAAACGGGGCAGAAAAUUAUGAGGCACAACACAGUAUGCAGUUUAAGGAUCAUACGUGUGUACAUCGAAGUUAACCAAUGGGGAACCAAAAACAGAACUAUUUGCAGUUCUGAGAAAUUUGAUAUGUAAUGGAACAGAGUGGCAUCAUAGAUCUAUUUGUACAGCUAGUUGGGCAUUGAGGAUAUAAGCAUCAAGCUCCAAGAUGUUGAGGAGUUUUAUCUUGUUUGGAUGGAGAUUCUUCACAGUAGAGGUCACUUCAAUAAUCACACCAUCUACUUUUACACACAGAGUUGAGUUAUCUUUGGUUAAAAAUGAAAAUAGUAGCAAUUUGGUGCGGAAUUGAAUUGUGAUUGUCUAGAUAAUAUUAGAAAGUUAUGAUUGAGAGAGGUGAUAACUGCAUUGUUGAAUAGCAUUAUUCAGGCUUCCAUGUUAUUCUCCUGUAAUUAUUCUUUUCUCCUUUUGUUCACUUAUAUUUAACAUGAUAUGGUUAGUUACGUUACGUAUUUGUAGAUAAUGCCAUCGUCUGUCAAUG